GAAUUUAAAGUGACACUUCUCUGAGUCAAACAGAGAUAUUCCACUCCUAGCCAAUUUUUUGGUGCCCUUUUUGAGAUUUAAAACAAAGACAAAUAUAUUGGCACUCUCUUUACUUACAUCUCUUCUUUCCACAUACUAUAUACAUAUAAACAAUUACAUAUCUUUAAAUUUUUAUUAUUAUUUUAAAGCUUAUAUGGUUGCUUGUUCUUUUUUCAUACAAAUUGAGGAGUUGACAAGCCUUUAUUUUGGAUGAAUCCAAGUUUAGCAUGGACCUUCUCUAGUUGUUUUGGCUGAUGUUGAUGAACGUUAUUGGCUGGAAUAGUGCACAAUAAAUUUCAGUAACAAGGGAAGUUCCAGUCUUAGUUUCCUUCAUGUUAAAUCUUUCUGAGUUCGAUUUUAAGCUGCAUUCUGAUAUUCAUGCUUUAUAUCCGUGGAAUCCAAUUUUUUAUGCUUCGUAUAUGAUGAAUUCCUAUGGUUGGUGUCUAAGUUGCAGCCCUCUCUGCCACUUUAUUGAAGCUUAUAGCCUUAUUCAUUUUCUUUUCAAUUGAAGAAGUUCACCCGUGGCUGCCUCUCUGGAUUCUCCUGAUCCAGCUUUGGAAAGGGUUCUUACAGAGGAUAGUAAUAACAGUAGCCAAGGCGGGGAAAGAAACUUGUCAGCUCAUCAACCAAUUUUGCUGGAUCAGGUCUCCGGUUCUUUCAGAAGAGAAGUAGUUAACAGAUCUCAUUCUAUGAAGGCUGUAAAUAGGGAUGAUGAAGAUUUGGAAAAUGGGAUGUUGGAGAAAGAUACAGAGAAGUCAGUACGCAGCAAUAAAGUUGUUACAGUACACAAUAAGGCCUUGCUAUCUGGAGUCGCUUAUUGUAUUUCUUCCUGUAGCAUGAUAUUAGUGAACAAGUAUGUACUUUCUAGCUAUGACUUUAAUGCGGGGAUAUCAUUGAUGGUCUAUCAGAAUUUUGUAUCAGUGGUGGUGGUUUCUACCUUGAGAUUUUUUGGGAUAAUUUGUAUGGAACCACUCACUUGGCGGCUAAUCAGAGUCUGGUUGCCUGUUAAUGUUAUAUUUGUUGGGAUGCUUAUAACAAGUAUGUUCAGUCUAAAGUACAUCAACGUUGCUAUGGUCACUGUCCUGAAGAAUGUCACUAAUGUGAUAACUGCAGUUGGUGAGAUGUAUUUAUUCAACAAAACUCACGAUAACAGAGUUUGGACUGCUCUUUUUCUGAUGAUUAUUUCAGCAAUUACUGGAGGAAUUACUGAUCUUUCUUUUCAUGCCGUUGGUUAUACAUGGCAGAUUAUAAAUUGUUUCUUGACAGCAUCAUAUUCUUUGACUCUUCGCAGGGUGAUGGACACUGCCAAGCAAGUGACUAAAUCUGGGACCCUGGAUGAAUUCUCCAUGGUCCUGUUAAAUAACACUCUUUCACUGCCUUUAGGCAUUUUUCUUAUAUUAUUAUUCAACGAGGUGGACUAUCUUUCUAAAACACCACUAUUACAAUUGCCAACAUUCUGGUUGGUGGCAACCUUUAGUGGAUUUUUGGGCUUAGCUAUUAGCUUCACAUCCAUGUGGUUUCUUCAUCAAACAAGUGCCACUACUUAUAGUCUUGUUGGGUCACUAAAUAAGAUACCUCUCUCUGUUGCUGGUAUUUUCCUAUUCCAUGUUUCAACAAGUCUGGAGAACUCUGCCAGUAUAUUCUUUGGCCUCUUGGCUGGAGUGUUUUUCGCCCGAGCAAAGAUGCAGGAGAAACCUCAAUCUCGAUCCUGAAAGUCGGAAACCAACACCCUUUCCUUUGUAAAUUAUCUCUUUACUUAAAUUGUAAAGCUUGUUGUAUGCUAAAAACUAUGACAUGAUCAAUCUAAUCAAUUGAAGAGAUAGAUCAAGAUUUUCAUUCAUCA